CCCACCGAGCCCGCGCGGCCCCAGAGCGCGGCGCUGGAGCGAAGUCCGAGCGCGGACGCGGGUGCUGUGACCUGCAGGGCCCCUGAGGUGGGUGUGGGGGAUGCCCGGCGGGCCCCGCGUGCCCGAGGGGAGCGUCGGAGGCACACGAUCACCAAUGGCGUGGACUGUGGCCUGCUGAAGCAGGUGAAGGAGCUGGAGCAGGAGCAGGAGGUGCUGCUGCAGGGCCUGGAGAUGAUGGCACGCGGCCGAGACUGGUACCAGCAGCAGCUGCAGCGGGUGCAGGAGCGCCAGCGCCGCCUGGGCCAGAGCAGAGCGGGCGCUGACUUCGGGGCUGCCGGGAGCCCCCGCCCGCUGGGCCGCCUGCUGCCCAAGGUGCAGGAAGUGGCACGGUGCCUGGGGGAGCUGCUGGCUGCUGCCUGUGCCGGCACGGGCACCUGCCCGGCCCCCACCUUGUCCUCAGCCCCCAGCUGGCAGCAGCAGACCAUCCUCAUGCUGAAGGAGCAGAACCGACUCCUCACCCAGGAGGUGACCGACAAAAGCGAGCGGAUCACACAGCUGGAGCAGGAGAAGUCGGCGCUCAUCAAGCAGCUGUUCGAGGCCCGCGCUCUCAGCCAGCAGGAGGCAGGGCCCCUGGACUCCACCUUCAUCUAGCCUGAUGGAGAAGCCUCAGCCAGCUGGGGACCUGGAGGAGCCCCACCUCUGCUUGCAGCCUGGGCUUCCUGACCGGGAUGCCACCCGCUGCUGGCCUCGGGCUGUGACCUGAGUGGGGUGACAGCCGAAGCUGCUCCUGCCACUGUCAGUGGACAGUGGGGGACCCCUCUUCUGCCUCCCAGAUCUCAGGCAUCCCUGGAGAGAGAGAGGGCAUGUUGACAGCUCUCCUGUCCCCUCCUGCGGUGACCCUGGAGUCCCUGGUCCUUAGGAAAAGUGGUCACCCCAGGCUCCAUUUCCAAUAAUGGCCAGCAGAGGGCGACAAGGGAGCAGUGGCCCCUGACCUGCAGCCAUUGUGUGAGGGGCAGGGUGCACCCAGGGGUCCAGGGUCAGAUCCCUUCCCUCAACCAGGGUCCUAAGACAUGGUGUCUGUGGCUCAGAUGGGAGCAGACUGGGCGUGGGGUGCCCUGCAGGCACAGCUUGGCCUGUUGGGGGAGCCCAGGAUGGGGCCAGGGCUGGGAAGGGGUCCUGGCCAGUGCUAGGAAGGGGCUGGGCUUCGCUUGCCUGCCUCCUGCAGAUCCCAGGCCCUAAGAGGACAUGGCUUUGGGGUGCUUUUCUUUCUUUUUGCCUCAUUUUUCUUUUUUUAUAGUACUGGAGAUUGAACCCAAGGGUUUUGCACUAAGCUGCAUCCCCAGCACUUUUUAAUUUUGAUAUAGAGUCUUGCACAUUGUCCAGGCUUGGCUGGGACUUGCAGUCUGUCGGCUCCCCUUCAAAAUGCUGGGAUUACAGGGUGCACCACCACACCUGUCUUUGCUUUUUUUUUUUUUUUUUUUUUUUGAGGCAGGGUUUUGCCCUGUAGUCCAGGCUAGCCUUCAAACUGGUCAUGUAGCUCAGGCAAUCUUCCUGACUCAGCCUCCUGAGUGCUACAAUUACAGCACUGGUCACCAUGUCCUGGGCCCCCAGUGAGAUGUGGGCAGAGCCUUCCCCACACACUGCUCUUGCAAGAUUCCAGGGAUUGGGGAGCUGAUCCCUCGGUCCUGGGGUAGGCAAGGGGAAAGAGCCAUGGGGCACAGGAGGAGACCGGGUGUGCCUGGCAGGCUGGGUGGGGGAGGCGCCCCCACUUGGCCCAGCCUGCUGGUCCCAGGCUCAGUUCCACAAGAUCCACCAUUAUUGGUGGAGUCACCGUGGACCCUGUGGCGCGGCCUCUGACAGGGUCCAGCCGCUUCCUGUUGUUCUCAGAUCUUCUCAGAUAAACCUGGUGUUUCCACAUAG